AUGAUCCGCUCCCUCCUCCCCGUGAUCGAAGUCGUCGACAACUUCCCAUACGCUCCAUCAUCUCAAUCCUACAUUCCAUUCCACCUCACCCUCUCCGACUUCCACCACGGGUUACCUCCACUGGGACUACUUCGACAGGAUGUACUCCGAGAGAUGCAGACUGUAAGGGGUAUAUGGGAAUUUGAGGAAAGUACAGGCAGACCUGAUGAAACGGGUGAUUUCCACUCGGAAGUGAUUUGCCUAUAUUUUAAGGAUGAACUGGUCAAGAAGGGAAAAGAGGGGAUAAGUAAGGCUAUGGCUGAGGUGGUGGGCAGAUGGAGGGACGAAGGCAAGUUCCCUGGACCAUUGGCUGGGUGGAGGAACGAGCUUUACACGAUAUACGCUUCACCCAAAUCAUCAGGUCUCGGAUUUAACUCUCCUUCAACACCGCUGAUGCUAGGCCCUGGAACGUUCAAGAAUGUAGCAUUCAGUCUGGAGAGAGCAGCUUGUGCUUUAUUCGGUUUAGCGACUUUCGGUGUACAUAUGACUGCUUAUGAAGGUGAAGGAUGGGAUAUGAAAAUCUGGGUACCUAGACGAAGUAAGACGAAAGCUACCUGGCCAGGAAGGUUAGACAAUUCCGUCGCAGGUGGGAUAACAGCGGGAUCAACACCUAUAGAAACGAUGAUCAAGGAAUGUGAUGAAGAAGCUAGCUUGCCUGAGGAGUUUGUUAAAAAACGUUUACAGAAUUGCGGUGUCGCUACAUAUUUCUAUAUAACACAUGAUGGGUUCUUACAGCCUGAGGUCGAAUACAUAUACGAUCUACCAUUACCACCUUCGACUUCACCAGAAUAUAUCAAACCCAAACCUCACGAUGAUGAAGUCGAGUCAUUCGCACUCCUUACAAUACCCGAGUUGAUCGAAGCUCUUCAUUCGGGAGAUAUGAAGCCCAAUUGCGGCUUGAUCUACGUAGAUUUCCUGAUCCGACAUGGACUGAUCACACCUGAGAACGAACCGAAUUUCCUCGAGAUUAGUUGGAGGAUGAGGAGGACUUUGCAAGUGGCUAUGCCUGGUAUAUAG